AUGGCAUACUUUGGAAGGGUGCCUUUCUCACAUGAUGAAUUCCAUAAAGGACAGACUGGGAACCAAGCAUCUUACCCAGUGUACCAUCCUGGUUCUGUUGGAGAGAUCCCUCUAGGAUUUGAUCGAAUAGUUGAUGAAGUCAGCAAUGAAUUUUUUUUUUAUGGUUCAUCACAUUCACAUCAUCAUGAAGAAAUCUUUUCCCCAUCAGAUGUCUUUGGUCUGAAUGUACCUGGCCAGCAUUUUUAUGGUCAGCCUCUAGUUGCUUAUGGAGAACUUUACCCUGAAAAUCCUGUCUCUCACUGGCAGCAAGGCACAGUGUCACCCACGGUUGGAUUCAGAUCUUAUUUGCUGUCUGAUUACAGAAGCUUCUCUCCAGUGGAUCCCUAUCCCUACAGUCAAGAGAGGGAACUCUAUGGGGGGAGUAGUGUAAAUUCAGUCACAAAUGUCUUUGGUUCAGCUGUGGAAAGAGGCAACACAAGUCCAAGUUUUCCGAUAGGCUUUAACAACAUAGAUGCUCAAUGUCCCAUUUCCUUAGACAGCCGUCCAUUUGGACAAGAAGAGAGACAUGAAAGUGGAAUUGGGGAAACUUGUUUAACCAACACUUCCAGAAGAUGCAACAUAGGGCCUGCUUGGCCCCAUGGCUCUGGACAUCACAGAGAGGAUGCAGGUUGGUCUAUCCAGCUGGUUGAAGCAUAUCAAGGAAGUAACGAAAAUACAGUUGGUUUUUGCAACACAGUGGAGAAGAUCAGACAUGCCUAUCCUGCUUCUGACUUGAAGACAAAUACUGGGAGAAUCUGGAGUGUCACAACAAGAUUCCCAGACCAUAUCCUUGGUGGAACAAAAUUCAGAAUCAGUGUUUGGACAGAUUAUUCACCGUCUCCUGUACUUCUCACACAACAAGCUGGCUGUAUCACUCAUGACUUCAUUGUAGAGAUCCUCCGUUGCACAAAUCAAUACCCAGCCCAGGAGGAAUGCUUUCUAAGUGUUUAUGGGUCUGAUGAAUUCUUACAAAACGAUCACACUUUGGGCAGCCAUGAAAGUCUUCGCAAGGCAACUCCCUGCGUUCAGCUUCGACUACACAACACUACUCAUCUGAGGCAAAGCUUGGCUCGAACAUGUGAGGAUGACCAAAGAAGGUUCUGUAUGAAUCAGCUGUUAAGAGACACGUGUGCCAUGAGACUGACUCGGCAGAACCUUUUCUCUGUUAUUAUGAACUACAGAGGUCAAGUGGAAUAUCUGUUGCAAAAUAAGCAUAAAGUUGAUAAUGUGAUUGAAGCAGCUAAAGCAAUCUGCAGUGUCCUCUGCUUUGUGGAAACCAGAGACAUAACUGAUGCAGUCAAGAAACUCCGUGCAUUGCCACUUGUGAAAGCACAGGAUUCACUUCAAAGUGUGGAAACACCCAGCAAAGUGUUAAUAGAGGCUGCUGUGACUGAGCUCUCCAUUGCCAUCUCUCGUCUCAUCCAUGUUUACAGCAGCAGCUUUGAUGCAAAUUUUCAGCUUGCCAGCAUACCCAAAAGCCCUUCCUGUGCAGACAUCAGCCUAGAUUCCCUGCUCAGCUUCACUGUUUAUGCUGCCCAUAACAUCCCAGAAGCCUGGGUGAACAGCUACAAAGUUUUCUCUUUUUCCUGUUCACUAACUUAUGCUGGGAAGACAAUAUGCCAAGUGAAGAUUUGCAAAACUGCUCCAGUUAGAAGAUCCUUCUUUUUCCUGGCUGAUUGGAAUGAGAAAAUCAACUUUCCUCUACGAAUAAAGGCUCUUCCGAGGGAAACUAUGCUGACAAUAAAACUACUGGGAGUAAACAGUGCCUCUAAAAAUACAGAAGUGCUUGCUUGGACAUGCUCCCCAUUGUAUCCAAAAGAGCGGCUCGUUCACGGAGCUGUGCUGCUCAGCAUGACGCUGUGCAGCACACCCACAGCAAUGAUUACCCCGGGCAUCUGCGCCACUGACACACCAACCUCGGUCACACUGCAGGUUGACUUUCCAGAAUCUAAUCUGGAAUUCAUUAAACCCGAACCUGAAGAAAGAAGAGGGGAUCUUGAAAAGCCAACUCAGGAGUGCCUGAAGCACAUUGCAAGGCUUUCUCAGAUACAUUCUCCCUUGCUACUCUCAGAGCAACAGAGAAGAAUCUUAUGGUUUUAUCGUUACCACUGCAAUAAUCAAAAUUGCUCCCUUCCUCUGGUGCUGGGCAGUGCCCCCAGUUGGGAUCGAACAACUGUGUCAGAAAUGUAUGCCUUGUUGAGGAGCUGGAGGUUUUCUAACCCUUUAGAGGCACUUGGACUUCUGACUUUCAGUUUUCCGGAUCAAGAUAUUCGCAGAACAGCAGUCCAACAAAUAGAAAAUAUGUCAAAGGAUGAGUUGUUAGAAUAUCUCCCACAGCUGGUUCAGGUACUCAAGUUUGAGUGGAGUCUUGAAAGCCCUCUAGUGAAACUCCUGCUGAAUCGUUCCCUUCAGAGCAUCCAAGUAGCCCAUCAACUUUACUGGCUGUUGAAGAAUGCACAGAAUGAAGUUCAUUUCAAAAUCUGGUAUAAGAAACUACUGGCUGCUCUCCAAUUCUGUGCUGGACAAACCCUGAACAAUGAGUUUUCUAAGGAGGAAAAACUCAUCAGAAUUCUGGAAGACAUUGCCACAAAAGUGAAAGCUGCCACUGACCCAAAAAGAAAGGAGGUGUUAGAGGUGGAACUCAGCAGCCUUCAGCAGUUCUUCCAGGAGGUAAAGGCUUGCCGGCUUCCCCUGAAUCCCGCACUUGUUGUCCAAGGCAUAGAGGCGGAUUCAUGUUCAUAUUUUACAUCCAAUGCUUUUCCGUUAAAAAUCUCCUUCAUUAACGCGAAUGCUCCAAGUGGGAACAUCAAUGUUAUUUUUAAGAUAGGUGAUGAUCUACGUCAAGAUAUGUUGGUUCUGCAAAUUAUUCGAGUGAUGGACGGUAUCUGGCUCCAAGAGGGACUGGAUAUGCAAAUGAUCAUUUAUAGGUGUUUAUCUACAGGGAAAGGACAAGGAUUGGUACAGAUGGUGCCAGAUGCUACUACACUAGCAAAGAUCCACAGGGAGUCUGGACUGAUAGGACCACUGAAAGAAAACACAAUUAAAAAAUGGUUCCAUCAUCACCAUCCUCUGGAAUCAAGUUACCAAGAGGCAGUAAGGAAUUUCUUUUACUCCUGUGCCGGCUGGUGUGUCGUUACCUUCAUUCUGGGAGUCUGUGAUCGACACAGUGACAACAUCAUGCUGACAAAAGCUGGGCGCAUGUUCCACAUAGAUUUUGGAAGAUUUUUGGGUCACGCACAGAUGUUUGGAAGCAUCAGAAGGGACCGAGCUCCCUUCAUCUUCACAUCGGAGAUGGAGUAUUUCAUCACGGAAGGGGGAAAAAACCCACAGCGUUUUCAAGAGUUUGUGGAGCUUUGUUGUCGAGCUUAUAACACAGUCAGGAAACACAGCCAGUUACUCUUGAACCUGCUGGAGAUGAUGCUGCAUGCAGGAUUGCCUGAGCUGAACAGCAUCCAGGAUCUGAAAUAUGUGUAUGACAACCUCCGUCCUCAGGACUCAGAUCUCCAGGCUACAAGCUACUUUACAAGGAAAAUAAAGGAAAGUUUGGAGUGCUUCCCUGUUAAACUCAAUAACCUGAUCCACACACUUGCACAGAUGUCAGUGACAGGCUCUGCAAAGCCUCCAGCUCCAGAGGCUGUCCCCCAGGAAUGGAUGAUGCUGGACACAGAGAAGUCAAUCGCAAGAGCCACCAUUUUGGGAUUCAGCAAAAAGCCUGACUCUAUAUAUCUAGUCCAGGUGGUGCAAACCUGCAACGUGGUCACUUUCGUGGAAAAAUCGUUCGACCAGUUCUCAAAACUUCACAGCCAUCUCCAGAAGCAAUUUCCAUCUCAUGCCCUCCCAGAGUUUCCCCACUCAUGGCAUUUACCUUUUGCGGAUCUUGAACAUAAAAGAGUGAAGGAUUUGAAUCUCUAUCUGAAGAAGCUAUUAAGUGGCACCAAGAAACUGGCUAAUAAUGAGCUUGUACUCAGCUUCUUCCUGAAUUGGUCCAAAAAUACCUUGGCAGAAGAUUCAUCAUCUGGGACGUUAGGUCCUCGGUCAACUGGUCAUAAGCCUGGAGUACAGUUAGUGAUAUCCUACGAGAACACACGCCUGACAAUAAUGUUGAAACACAUGAGGAACAUUCACCUCCCAGAUGGCUCUGCCCCAAGUGCACACGCUGAAUUUUAUCUUCUGCCAGAUCCUUAUGAGGUCAGUCGAAGGAAAACAAGAACAGCUCCAAAAAGCUCUGACCCUACUUACAAUGAAAUCGUUGUGUAUGACAAAGUCACGGAGCUCAAAAGCCAUGUACUGAAGCUUGUUGUGAAAAGCAAAGGAACUUUUGUGGGAGCUGUUAACAUCCAACUGAGCAGCGUCCAGUUAAACGAAGAAAAGUGGUAUCCGCUGGGAAAUAGUAUCAUUUAAAUGUUCUCUGAGAUAAUUCAGUUAUUUAUCCACUAAUUUUUCUUUAUCCCAUUUCCCACGGUACAUUUUGUCUCAGUUGCCCUUGAGAAUAUGCAGUCAUCUGCUGACCACAGUUUUUAACAUUCUAAUCAUAAGGCUAUUGUCUUAAAAUUGCUACCAUCUUCCUGCAACAGAUUCCUGACAGUGUGAGUUUAAGAAAUCACACGCUAAGGACUUGUAGCAGCAUGCAGGAAAUUCUUGCGACAGCAAUAAAGAUUUUUGGUUAUUUCAUAUUCAAUUGGACUGUAAAAAUACUGAAUUCAGUGCACAUCAAAGUGUGGGGCCUCAUUCCUUGCACAUUAAUUCCACUGGCUGUGUUGAAACAAUGCUGAUAAUGGUGUAAUUUAUGAGCAACUGCUGUGACCCCACUGGAUGUGAUGAUUUCACCAGAAAACCAUGGAUGGUUUUCUGGCACCUGGGUGCCAACACAUUUCAGAUGUCUGACAAAUUUCACAUUAAAUCUUAUGCAGUCAAUAAUCUAUUUUAAAAAAAAAACAACUUAAAAGCUUUUUCUAUAAUGUAACAUACAAUCCAAGGUAUUCAUUUGUCAGUUAGGUGUGUCAUUGUUUCUUUUAUUCUGACAUCCAAGGAGCAGCUAUAACUGGUCAUUUGUGAGAAAAAAAGGAGGAGGGAGAAGCUAAUGCUCAUGAAUAAAUGGAACAUAUUGAAUGUGAGAUUUCAGUGGGGUAUUUAUUUGAGAUCAUGAUAUCACAAAUAUUUGUUCACCUGUCUUACCACCUAUGCUUACUUCUUAUGCUGCAUAAGGGAUUCAAGUCAAUGCAUGCAUUGAAUUGACCUCGGGGCUAUAAAACUUAUCUUUACAUAUUAAAUAAUGAACAUGAGUGGUUCCAAUUAUGGGCUCUGUUGUUAAGGCAUUUUUACAUAAAUUGGGGAAGCACUUAAGCACAUCUUUAAACAUUUGGCAUAUGAGCAGCCAUAAUGAAUGGUCCAUUAUUGCCAGACUCUUACACACACUCAGCUGACCACACAUACAGACCUUCCCAGGACCAAGGGCACAUUUUUAAGGCACAGGAGAAAUGUUGAUUUGUGAUCUGCUCUGAUGAAAAUUUUAAGUUACCAUAUACCAGGUAGGUCUGACAUUUGUCCUACCAGGUGGAAAAGUGGUCAACAUAGUGACAAUAAUGUCAGAAGUGAAGAUAAUUACCUUCUUUUCCCAAAGGACACUCAGAAAAGAAUCUUCAGAAGUAAAGUUGUAUAAAACUCCUGAAGUGGGACCAGUUAUUUAGGAAACAGAAUAGGCUGGAGUUUUUCUCAGCAUCACACCAAUUGACUCUGUCACUUGGCCAGUUUUAAUCUUAGAAUAUUUUCCCCAGGCAAUCUCCUGUAUUAAGCUCCUCCUCAGUAAGAGGAGGUGGGGGGAACUCUGCUUCAAUAUUAAUAGUAUGAGUAAUAUGGAGAGCUGUAAGAAGCUAUAAAAUAUUUACCACAUAAAAGGGAUAUUGGCUGGCAUACAGAUAUCACUACAAAGAUCAGUGUGCCUAACAUUUUAGAUUAUAGUCUCACCUGGGUAAGAAAUCAAGUGCCUUGUCAUUCAAGCACAGAAAACACAUUGAGGCUGGCUUACCACGUUACCAAAUUACCUGACCUUACAGUUCAAUAUUGAUUUUAGAUUCCUCUUAGUCUACUGUCUUAGUUUCCUUAUUAUAACUAUAAUGCAAUUUUCUAAUAGUGUUAUUUCCUGUGACAUUUUCUAAUGGUUGUUUACCACAUGCCCUGAUUUUCCAUCUUGGAGCAACAUUAAAUAAAAUAACGUCAAAACAGCAAUAAAUAAAAAGAGCAUUACAAUAUAAUAUUAUCACAACUGUCUGCAAAUAUAAGCAAUAUUUUGUUUGGUAUUAAAGAAAGAAAGCUGUAAACUUAAU